AUGUCCAACUCCACGAAUGCGCCGCGUGUAUGGACGGCCGUUGAAAUGUCCAAGAAAAGAAAAGCCUUCAUCGUUUUGGCCGGCACGAUAUUUGCUUUCAAUGCUUCCCUUGGCACGUCACUUCCUUCCGGAGCUUCGUCAAACAUUGGCGAAGCAUUUGAUGUCACCGAAGAUGACCCUCGCAUGACUCUGCUGAAUUCCCUCUAUGUCCUCGGCUUUGUGCUUGGUCCAUUGUUUUUCGGACCUUUGAGCGAGUAUGUUGGUCGCAGACCAGUCCUAAUCGUGACGUACCUUAUAUAUGUGCUAUUCACGCUUGCCUGUGCACUAUCGCCGAACUUGGAGGCUUUACUAGUGUUCCGGUUCUUCUGUGGUGUGGUCGGAUCGGUCCCGAAUUCUGUUCUGGGCGGGCUCUACAGCGACAUCUACGAUGAACCUGAACAGCGUGGCAACGCAAUGGCGCUCUUCUUAUUCACGGCGAUCGCUGGUCCUAUGGCCGGACCUUUAUUCUCGGGCUUCACAGUCCUGCUCUCGUGGAAUUGGGUCUUUUAUAUUGCUACGAUCGUUGCAGGCGCCGGGGCUCCCAUUAUUAUGCUAAUACCAGAAACAUACUUUCCCGUCCUUCUGAGAAGGGUAAAGGGAGUCAGGCCACAACUGAACAUGGAACAGUCUCAUCAAGCUAAAGCACAAUUUUCGGCUAGAAAAACUUUCCUUCGACCAAUUUCAUUGCUACUUAGAGAGCCCAUUGUUUCUCUGACGUCUAUAUACCUAGCCGUGAUAUAUGGAGUGCUGUUUCUCUUCUUCCAGGUCUAUCCAAUUGUAUUCGAAGGUAAGCGGAAAAUAUAA